ACCGUGUGGACCAAUUUGUCCAGCUGAUGAAAGCUAUGCUAAGCAUUUCGGCAAGGUCGAAAGAUGAUCGGACAUGGUUCAACGAGCGAAAGGACUGGCAUCUCGGAGAACAUCUCCUCAACACGCUUCCCAUACUCGAGGCGACUCUUGAAGCUGGCGUGGCGGCUGAUUCGCCUACGAAACUCUCCGACACUACAACUGCGCUCUGGCGACGAGCGGGGUGGCACCGAAGUUAUGGCACAGGCCGUGGUCGAGAUGAGACCGAGGAGUUCCGUGUGCUUCUACAGGCUGGGGCCAACGUCAAUUUUGCGGACCACGAAACGCGCAAGACCGUGAUGAUGCGUGCUGCAGUCCGAAGACACGAGUUUAUACCUCUUUUGCUCGACGCCGGCGCCCGUGUCAACUUGAGAGACUCCAAGGGCAAGUCCACACUGGCAUAUGCAGCUAGAUAUCCGUCUGCAAAACCCUCAACACUUCAACGCCUUCUUGAUGCUUCUGCAGUAGAAACGCUGGCACAGUCAAAGGACGCAGGACCUUACGCCUCUUCAGCUUCGGAUCCGGGCACGGGGGGCAUUGUCGACUGGGCUGACCAGGAUGGCAACACGCCUCUGAUGGCUGCGAUCAGUGCGCAGAAUCUGGAAGCGGCACUGUUUCUUGCAGAGGGCGCAAACAUUCAUGCGACCAACAACGAUGGCCACGGCGCGCUGUUGUCAGCCGUCGACAGAGGUAUGGACGAGGUCAUGGCGAUGUUGCUGUCGAGAGGCGUUGACAUUGAACAUCGCGAUGUCCGCGGACGGACGCCGCUGAUGGUCGCCAUCGAACAGUGGGAUCAUCAUCAGGUGAAGCGUCUGCUGCGUGCUGGUGCCAACGCUGAUGCGUUGUAUGAGGCUAGUUCGGUGACGAAGGUGCCACUCAUUAUGGCUGCUGCAGCAGGCAAAGAGCUUGUUGUGCGGGAUCUCAUCGACCACGGAGCAGAUAUGCAGCUUGUCAAAAAGCUAAAACCAGAUCUUGCCCGGCAAUGCAAGAUCGCAGGCAAUGAUGACCUGGCUCAAUGGCUAGUGAAGCAUGGCAUGAAUGACCGGGAAGAGUCAGCCUAAUGCCGCACGACUUCCGUGACUUCGCCAUCGGCGGCCAAUAGCACAGCUCAAUACACCAAUCUCGUUG